GACACGCAGUUCAUCAACAACGAUUUUGAGUACAAGACGACCGUUUACAAGCCUGAGACAGGUCGGUACAGCUUUGUCUUCUGCCAUGCUGGCCAGGAUUUCCUUGAGUACAUUAUUGACUGGGAGGGUUACCCCAUGUAACCGGAAAAUAGGUGACAUCAUAACCACGCUUGAUGUUAAGGUUUAA